AUGUCCACCUUUGUUGCCCACCAGACGCACGCGCUCAUCGCAGCCGCCGUCCCAGCCUCGCCCACACGACCGGGCACACCCGCCGACGCGAACGAAGAGCUCGGCGCGUUAUUCCUCUCCCUCACCCCGCCCAUAUCCCUCUCUCAGGCUCAGAGUGCCAUCGAUGCACUGAAGGAACGCGGGUCCACUCAACUGAACGCCGCCGGCGCUGCGCAUAAUGAGGAGGCGCGGGCGCUCCAGCACGCCGUCCUCGGACGGAUCUCCGUGGCGCUGUACGCGCACGCGCUGCAGCUGCACCUGGACGAAGCGAGUCAGGCGGACGAAGAAGCCGACUGGUGGUUCGAAGUCGAGCGAUCCCAGCUGAACGCCGCUCAGUUCCUGCUGCAGACACUACCCAUCCGACUUCGCGACGCUGCCAAGGUCAUCGUGCAGGCGCUGCGGCGACAGAACAUCCCGAUCAGCCCAUCCGCGUUCACUCCAUCAUCGUUGCGGAGGCUCUUCCCAUCCACGAGCAGCCUGCGUCCAAAUGCACUCCUCACGGCGCUGUUCCCGACGAUCCGGUCCAACGUUGCGUUGCAAUCCGCAUCCUUGCUCUCCGCUUCCGGCGUCGCGUCCACGCUGCUCUUCCCGCUCGAGCUGGUAAGGCAAGAAUGCCGCCUGAAACGCAAGAAGCUGCAGCGCAUCCGGGACGAGCGCGCGGAGGUCCUUGGCCGGCUGGCCGACAUGCGCGGCGAGUUGGAAAAGGCGGUGUCCUCUCCUCUCGGGGAUAACGCCGAUGCGGACGCAUCGUUGCUGGCUUUGGCACGGACACUGGAGGAGCUCAGUGACGGACGGUCGGAAACCGACGCCGCGGUCGACGCGUCAGGCGAGCAGGAUGUGCUUUCGACGCUUUCGACGCUGGCGUUCAAUACCUUACCCGAGCAUGGCACCAUACACGCGACCUCGCUCCGUCUGAGCGACCUUCGCCGGCCUUCUCGGUUGACGUUGGCGUGGCCACGGCUAUUGCUUCUCCCGCCGCUGUCUCUGUACGCGAUCAAGCUUGCCUACACCAAUCGCUCCAGCCUUGCCGGGAUGGUGCGCGACGCGAGAGAAACCGUCAUCGGUUUCUGGAGAGGAUGGAUCCUCGAGCCGCUGAGGGAGAUGGUACGCACCGUCAGGGCGGGAGGCGAGGGUGGGGUCAUCGUGAGCGCCCAAGGCGUCGAAGCAGACGUCAAGUCUCUGGAGCGUAUGACGCUGGCGCUUGCAAAGGAAAAGCUGCACUACGGUGCCGCCCAGCUCGACGCGCUCUCGUCGCAGAUCCGCGUCGGGGACCUCACGCCCGUUCUGGAAAUCUACGAAGAAGACAUCAAGAGCCCGCUGAAGUCGGCCGUCGCCGGGACGCUUCUCCGGUCGGUCUUCAUCCAGGUACAGAAGGCGAAGGUGGACAUCGACCAAGCGCUUGCUGGAAUCGACAAGCUCCUAAAGUCGCAGGAGCUGACGUUCGCCUUCGUGGGCGUCGCGCCCGCUUUGGCGAUCGUGUACGUGCUCGGAGGCUCACUCAGGCAGCUCUGGUUGGGCGGCAAAGGUCGGGGACGAUACGGCGGAAGAAAGAGGAGGGUUGGGGCGUGGGUGGCGAUGAGGAGGAUCGAACGACUGCUGAUCGCACAGCCCACCGCCGAUCGUCGACACGCCCCGCGUUCCUCUGCGAACGGUAACGGCGCGAUCCCGCCCUUAACGUCGGGCCUGCUUCUGCUGUCGGUCACGCACUUGCGGCAGUACGCGGAGACGGCGUUGCCUGCUAACUCGCGGAUCCGGGAGGGUUUCCUGGAGGACGUGGGGGACCUAGAGGAUCCGUCGUUGGGUCGGGCGGAGAAGUUGCGAGUCAUAGACCGGAUGUGGCGUUCGUGGGGGGCACCUCUGGGGUGGGACCAUGCCGCAGGCGGAGGGUAUCAGUGAGACAGGAUCUGAGGAGAGCUGUUGAGAAGGGCUGAGAAGAGCGUCCGCGGCAUCAACGUUGCCUGUGAUCGUGAUGAUCGUAUGGGAACUGCGCCGCUCACCAUGGGAGAUAAGGAUGGUGGCGUUCGUCGCGUCGCGUUACCCGAGGUGGCGCUUCGGGCCAUUUCGCAAACUGCAAAGUGUCCCCUCGUUCAGGAAAAAAGGAGAGCGCUCCAUCGAAGACAGUAGUUUUCUGGAGGUACGGUUGAGCCAGAACGCGAUCGACAUGAUAGAUAAGUCGCGGGGUUGGAAAUAGCACGAUCUAAUCUCGG